CGCAAGGCCCUUUUUUUCUCGGCCGCCCGCACAGGGAGAAAUUACCCAUCUUGCUAAUAUAACAGAGCAACGUUUUGUUCACCGAGCGGCGGCUUCCCUCACGUUAAAGACGAACGUAGAUUCCCUCCUGUGGAAACGACGCUUCCCUGCACCCGCCUGCCUCCGUUCCCCGUUGAAAGCCGGAGUGCAUCCCACAGUAGUUCAAAAGCCCGGCAACCAUCGUAAAGCUCUCGCAAAUGGCUUGCUAAAGGACAGUCGAGCACAUAGAACGAGAGGACACUACUUCAUAGAGACGCGGGAAAGGGAAGACGUGGAAGCGAUCAUCGAGACGCCGGGGUCGGAGUUACUUGUCAUUGUGGCUUGAACGAAAACGAACGAGACGAAACGUUCUCCCACGAGGGUCCAAACACUACGGAAGUUCGAAAUGACAGGUGGAGGAGCGAAGAAGCAGCUGAGCCCUGCCGCGGACCUACUGUUUGGUUCGGCAGCAGGCUCAGUUGGAAUGCUGUUCCAAUUUCCUUUUGACACGGUCAAGGUACGGUUGCAAUCACAACCGCACGGCACCAAACUUUUCAAAGGCCCACUGGAUUGCGCUGUGAAAGGUAUCAAGGAAGGAGGACUGGGAAAUCUUUACAAGGGCCUGUCGGCGCCUCUCGUGGGAGCGAUGAUCGAGAACUCGACGCUUUUCCUCGCGUUCAACCAUAUUCAAGGCAUGAUACGGCAGUACUCUGAUACACCUGAUGAUAUGCCAUUGACGAUGAAGCAACUGGCUUUCUCGGGAUUCAUGUCAGGAGCGGUCGUAUCUUUCAUUCUGACACCAGUUGAACUUGUCAAGUGUCAACUCCAGGUUCAAGAUGUCCUAUUCACACACCAGGGAGCCGUCCCGAUACAUCCGCACCUCUCUUCCUCAAUACUACCGCCCUCAUCACCCGCAUCUCAGCAACGGCCGAUCACAACAGCAGCAGCCGUCUCCGCGAUACCCGUAUACGCAUACACAUCACAGUCGCAUCCGCAAUCGCCAACACGAUCGCAACGUCGCGGUCCCAUGGGUGUCAUCCUGAACACGCUGAGAACUCACGGCCUCCGCGGCUUCUACCACGGCCAUGUCGGCACCUUCCUCCGAGAAGCCGGCGGUGGUGCCGCCUGGUUCGGCACCUACGAAUUCGUUGUCCGUCAGUUCCUCAUCCGCGCCGAGCGAGCACGCCUCGCGCAUUCCUCUACCGCCGCAUCGCCUACCACCACUUCCCUCCCAGCACUAAAGAAGGAAGACCUCCCAACAUCGCAGAUCAUGAUCGCCGGCGCCAUCGCCGGCAUGUCAUACAACGGCAUCCUGUUCCCGGCGGAUUGCGUGAAGAGCCGGCAGCAGACCAUGGAAGGAGGAUCGUCGUUCCUGCAGGUUGCGAAGAAGCUGUACAGGGCGGAGGGAUACCACGGCUUUUAUCGCGGGUUUGGCAUCACGGUUGCCAGGAGCGCGCCGACCAGUGCUAUGAUUUUCGCUACAUAUGAACUCCUGGCUCGACAUGCUGCCUUUUGAGUAGUUUAGUAAACUUGCGUCGGCCGCGCAAUUGGAAUACCUGGUUGCGGAUAGGGAGCACCUGGUCCACUAGGUCAUUGUAUGCUAUCGGUGCACCCCCAACAACCACGCACCUCCGGGAGGGCCUGGUAUCGAAAAGUUAUCGGCUCCCACCGACGCCUGAAUCGUCGGUCCCUUCAGCACUUACGGCACAUCUCCCGCCACCCGCCAACCUCGUAAUCACGAUCCCACACAGAAACAUCCGCCUUCCCUCGCGUCAUCAUGCGAGACGAGGACACCUAGACCCUGGAUACCAUUUUUGGAUAAUAACCCUGCCCGACAUACCGCCCGAAAACAACCAUACUGAUGCCCACCAUGCUACUGAAUCCUGCUUCUUCAUUAGAAUCGUGCCUUACAAUCAUCGUAUUUAUCAUUUUUCGCUGCUUCUUUCAUCAUAAUCUAUAUUGCACUACACACCCG